AGAAAUUAAGAAAUGGAAUCCACAUUUAGGUAAAAAAUAAGGAGCAUGGGAAAGCAACACACAUAAGCAAAGAUUUUGCAGGGGUAUGGUGGACUCUUGAGCGUCCCAAUAUUUAAGUAUGAUCAUGCGUGCAAAGAAUUAGACUGUCAACAUGACGAAGGUGCCAUUGUCUCAUAUGUUAUGAGGAAAUGCUAUAUGUUAGAAAUUAGAUCAAUCGAGAGAGCCUUCACACACCAAACAAUCCACCGAGUGCAACAGUGAAAACAGGAAGUGACGAUUACCCCUUACCAUGCCCCCGUACAUUAUUUAGUAUUUUUUCUCUCUUUGUAUUACCCACUUAAAGAGAGGAUAUUGCAUAGGGAAAGUUUCUGCACAAACCCUUCCCUUUUCCCCACACUCUUGCAGACAAACCCAUAGUGUCAGAAAGAUGCAUGCAAACAGCAACAUGCUGUUUUACGAUCUGUGUAUUUCACAUUAAAGGGGCACGAAAAAAGUUGUUUCACAAGUAAACAGAGGCUAUUACAGAUGUUUUGAUGUAAAUUACCCUGUGUUUCAGUUAUUCAGCAAAGUACAUUACAAAAGCUUUGCUUAAAUAGCUUCAGAACUGUCUGGGUAGGCAGCAUCAACACCCACAGAGAGUUUAUAGAUUAAAGAUCGAUUCCUUUUAAGGACAUGAAAUAAAUAUUUUUAGGUAAAAUGUUAAACAACCCAAACACACACACACAAGAGAGUAAGUUUGUCCAUGACUAAUUAAUUAAAGCUGUUAAACUUUAUGUUAUAAUUUUAACAACAGAAAAAAAAAACUACAAAAGAAAAUACUUUUAUCUGCAUAGAAAGUGCCUCUAUUGUAACUCCUCCUACGGCAGUGUUCCUCUAUUUGUUUUGAGAAGUCCUCUUAAAUUUCCUCAGUUUGCCAUAAACUUCUUUCCCUGAGAUGCUCUCAGGAGUGAAAAAGUAACAUUUUCCUUCAGUUUCCAGGUAAAUUUUGUUGACCAGAGAGGAUAUAACACUUUUAGUUUGGUUUCCAUGAGAGAAACACAAUGGACUGGAUAAUUGCAGCAACUCUUUUCUGUUCAGUGUUAAAAGCUGCACUCGGCUUUAAUAUUGACUCAAGGCCUUGGAAGUCCCUGAGUAAUUCUGCUGCAGGAUUUGGUUACCAGGUGGUGCAAAGAAGAUCAGAUCUGCUUGUCAGCGCCCCACUUGAACAGUAUAGCAAGGAUAGAAGGGGAAGGAUAUUUCAGUGCUCCACAGAUGUUUGCAAAACUCUGUUAUCUGCAGAGCAAAAUGCUGCAGUCAACAUGUCCCUUGGUUUAACAAUGGCAAAUGAUCCGUCAACACAAAUGACCAUGGUCUGUGGUCCAACUAUUCCCAGAGACUGCAAAAGUAUCACCAUGUACAACGGUUUGUGCUUUGAGAUAGAUCAAAAUGAUCGCCUUGGAAAGUCUUACCCAACUGCUACUGAAGACUGUCGAACCCAAGCUGACAUUGCAUUUCUCUUGGAUGGUUCAGGCAGUGUAGCUGCUAAAGAUUUUGACAGAAUGAAAGCUUUUGUGAAAAAUCUGAUCACAUCAUUUCUGGGAACAGAUGUAAAGUUUGCCAUCACCCAGUUUUCCUCAAGAACUACAACUCAUUUUUACUUUAACCAGUUUAACAUUUAUUCUAACUGGCAAAAUCAAAUUGAUCAAAUCCGUCAAUUGACCGGAGGAACAAAAACGGCUGCAGCCAUCAGAAAUGUUGUGGAAGAUGUAUUUUCACCACUGAAAGGUUCCAGGGAAAAUGUAAACAAGAUUUUGACAGUUAUUACCGAUGGAGAGUCUCAAGAUGGAUCAAACCUACCAUGGACAAUAAAAUUGGCAGAUGAUAAAAAAAUUGUUCGAUUUGCUAUUGGGGUGGGGAGCGCAUUUACAAAUCCAAGAGCAAAGCAGGAGCUUGACACUAUUGCAUCUAAACCGGCUGGAAACUUUGUGUUUCAAGUGGGAAGCUUUGAUGCACUUAACAAAAUACAAGAGAGUUUGCAGGCCAAAAUAUUUUCCAUUGAAGGAUCUCAAACCAGCGGAGAGGCUCUGAAACAGGAAAUGUCCCAAGAAGGCUUCAGAGCAGCCUAUGUGUCUGGGGAGAUUCAGAUGGCUAUGGUUGGUGCGAACCAGUGGAAAGGAGGCUACAAGAAAUAUUCACUUAGUAGUGCCCAAACCACAGGUUCAUUUGAGCCGUCAUUCAUGGAGGCUGACAGUUACCUUGGUUAUUCCAUGACUAUUGCUAAUACUGCUUACGGCCCGUUGACAGUUAUUGGUGCCCCAAGAUAUCAACACAAAGGAGUUGUUCUGACUGUUUUCAAUCAAAUAUUGAGAGCUCAAAUCAACCCCAACCAACCACAGACUGGUGAAUAUUUUGGGGCGGAGGUUUGUGCCAUGGAUGUGGAUUCUGAUGGUCUGACUGAUCUAGUCCUCAUAUCUUCUCCGAUGUACAAGGAACUUGACAGAGAGGGACGAGUUUACGUCUGUGAAUUAACUCGUUUGAGUGUGUUAUGUUCUUUUGAUACUCCAUCAAGCAUAACAGCUCUAAGAGGAGAUGUGUCCGACCGAGGGCGGUUCGGGUUGUCUCUUGCUGUUCUGCCUGAUAUAAAUGCAGACAGAUUCAAUGAUUUGGCUGUUGGAGCUCCUAUGGAGAAUGACGGCCAAGGCAGCAUCUACAUAUUUCGAGGAGAAGGACGAGGAAGAAUAAAUCCCACCUACUCACAGAGGAUUGCUGCCUCUGAGAUCCAAUCAGGAUUGAAGUUAUUUGGCAUCUCAAUCAGUCAGUCGUCUUAUGAUCAGAGUGGUGACGGACUUCCUGACUUAGCAGUGGGUUCAAAGGGAAACGUUAUCUUACUCAGAUCCAGACCAGUUGUACUGGUGACAGCCACUGUGUUGUUUAACCCAAAUCAAAUCCCAACUCAAAACGUAAACUGCUUAAAACCACUGACAAACCAGGCUAAAGUCUGCUUUACUAUGAGCAAACUGUCUGAUGUGACUGAAGCUUCAGCACAGGUUAAUUUCACUUUAACUUUGGACUCAAACCGCAAGAUACCAAACAACCGAGCUCGGAUCAGUAAGAACGUGAGAGAAAAGACCGGAUCUCUUAGCCUUCAGUUGAACAAGGAAACAUGUUACAAUGUGGACUUUAUUAUUGACGCUUGUCCAGAAGAUGCUCUCAAUCCAAUCAAGAAUGAGCUCAGAUUCACGUUUGAAGGUUUGCCUUCUGGCACAAAACCCAGACCAAGUCUCUCUCUGCAGGUUCAAACCACAACCUUUCAUUCUAUCGGGUUUGAGAUCAGUUGUGGAGCUGAUGAACAGUGUGUAGAUAAUCUGAAGGUGGAUUUCAACUUCACCAGAUCCACAGAGGUCAAAGUUGGCAUAGACGAACUGUUGAAUGUGACUGUCUUUGUGGAGAACAGAGGAGAAAACUCGUACAACAGUCGCAUCAUCCUCACAUACCCUGUUGGCCUCUCCUACAGGAAGCUUGCAUCUCUGGAAGGAAGAAUUGAGUGCAACUCUUUGGACAGUGAGGACGGUGUAACAAGAGGAAAGACAGAUUGUAGCGUUGACAAACCUAUAUUUAAAAGCACCUCUACGGCAGUCUUCAUUGUCUCCUAUGGUCUCAACACCAACAGUGAACUUGAUAGGAGGAUCUUUGUGACUGCAAACGCCACCAGUGGCAAUAAUCAACACUCCUCGUCCAAUGAACUCUACAAGAAGAAAGAGAUUGAUGUGAAGUACAGCAUUUUCAUUACAAUUGAUAGCUCCCUCAGCUACAACAAUUUCACAUUUGGAGAAAAUGAUCUGCAGAAACCUCUUGAGCAAAAAAUAAAGGUUGCAAACAUUAUCAGAGCUCUAAAUUUCACUGUGGUGAUCAGGGUUCCUGUAAAGCUCGGUGACAAAGACAUCUGGGCAGACACGAGCAGUUUUCAGAUUGCAGACUGUCAGAGAGGCGCAGACAAACCACCUGUUGCCACAGAUUUUGCUGCAAAGAUAAAAGAAAAGAAAAUAUUAGAUUGCUCGGUAGCGACAUGCAGAGUGUUCAGGUGCUCUGCAUUCAUGGAACAGAACUGGGACAAAACGUAUACCAUCACUGCAAACAUCAGCUCCAGAUGGAUAGAACAGAUCGGACUUUCAUCUGCCAAAUUCCUCUUGACCAGUACAGUCAGUCUAGAGUACGACAAGAACCAGUACAUCUUCUUCUCUACAACCUCUAACAAUGAGCCUCCUGUUCGCAUGAUUGAGGCUGAGGUAGAAGUGUUUCCUAAACCAGAUUUCACUAAAGAGAUUGUAGGAGGAUCUCUGGGAGGGUUGGCCUUUCUGGCUUUACUUACCGCUGGUCUGUAUAAGGCUGGAUUUUUUAAGAGCAAAUACAAGGAAAUGAUUAAUGCAGAAGAAGCACCAGGGGCUGAAGGAGACGCACCCACAGAGGGAUGAAAUUCCCACUUCUCUUCUACCUGACAGACAUCACCUGUUAUGUCCAUCCAGUACGUUUAAAAUGUUCAUUGUUUUUAUGAAAUGUAUCUGAUGGCCUUUUAAUUAGACUGUAUCAAACACAAUGUGUAUUUUUUAAAUCAUUCCUUGAGUUGUUUCCUACAUUGAGCCGUGAACAACUAACUAUGUCAGAAUUAAUGGCAAAAAAUUAAGUUUCUCUUUAUAUUAGUGAACUCCUGACGAUACACUGAUAGACGCAAAGUACUGUUACAUGUUUGUGUUGCACUUUGAAAGGGGAAAUGUUUCUGUUACUUAAUGUUUUAUCUUGACCAGCUGAUUUCAUGGUGGAGAAAAUAAAAUAUCAUAUCGCUGGUCAUUGAUUUUCCCUUCAUAUUAUCAGAAUCAGAAUCAGCUUUAUUGCCAAGUUCGUACAUACAAACAAGGAAUUUGACUCCGGUACACUUUGCUCUUUUGUUCUGUUUUUGCAUUACAGAAUAUACAAAUUUACAAUUUACAA